AGCCGAGAGGAGAGCCUCAGCCUUUUUCACAGUCACACUACUGUAAGAGGGUCUGCAUCGGGAAACACCGCCUGCUGCUCGGUUAUUUGGACUUAUUUGUAAUUAAAUAAGUGUUAAUUAUUCGUCAGGGGGCUUUAACUCUGCACAAUGACCGCCCUGUCGCUUCUUCUGAUGGCGGUGUCGGCCGCAUCUGCACUGGCCGACUCCAAUAUAUAUAUGCGGGAGCAAUUUGAAGAUGGGGAUGCCUGGAAGAGUCGCUGGGUCGAAUCCAAACACAAGUCUGACUACGGCCAGUUUGUCCUGACUGCAGGGAAGUUCUACGGCGAUGCCGAGCAAGACAAAGGUCUGCAGACGAGUCAGGACGCUCGCUUCUACGCCUCCUCGUCCCGGUUUGAUGACUUCAGCAAUAAAGGCGAGCCCCUGGUGAUCCAGUUCUCCGUGAAGCACGAGCAGAGCAUCGACUGUGGGGGGGGCUACAUCAAGCUGUUCCCCUCCAGCCUGAACCAGGAGGAGAUGCACGGAGACUCCGUCUACAACAUCAUGUUCGGUCCGGACAUUUGCGGCCCCGGCACAAAGAAGGUUCACGUCAUCUUUAACUACCAAGGAAAGAACCAUCUGAUCAACAAGGACAUCAGGUGCAAGGAUGACGAGUACUCCCACCUGUACACGCUGAUCGUGAACCCCGACAACACGUACGAGGUGAAGAUCGACAACAAGAAGGUGGAGUCCGGCAGUCUGGAGGAGGACUGGGACUUACUGCCGCCCAAGAAAGUUAAAGACCCCGAAGCCAAGAAGCCGGAGGACUGGGAUGACCGGGAGAAGGUUCCCGACCCGGAAGACCAGAAACCAGAGGACUGGGACAAGGCAGAGAACAUUCCCGACCCCGACGCUAAGAAGCCAGAGGACUGGGACGAAGAGAUGGACGGCGAGUGGGAGCCGCCAAUGGUCGCCAACCCUGAAUACAAGGGAGAGUGGAAGCCCAAAGAGAUCUCCAAUCCCGCCUACAAGGGGAAGUGGGUCCACCCUGAGGUCGACAACCCGGAGUACACGGCUGAUUCUGAGAUCUACAAAUACGACAGCAUCGGCGUGAUCGGACUCGACCUGUGGCAGGUGAGACAACUCAGAAAGAUACGUCCUGGCACCAUCUUUGAUAACUUCCUGAUCACCAACGACCCAAAGCUGGCAGAGGAAGUGGGAAACGACACGUGGGGUAAAACUAAGGACGCCGAGAGGCUGAUGAAGGAAAGCCAGGAGGAGGAGGAGAGGAAGAAGCGCGAGGAAGAGGAUACUCAGAGGAAGGACGAGGCGAAGGAGGAGGACGACGAGGAGGAAGAGGAGAAGGAUGAGGAGGAGGAAGGAGACGAAGAGGAAGAUGAGGACGAGGAGGGAGACGAAGAAGAGCGGGAGGAGGAUGAAGAGGACGACGAAGACACAGACUCUAAACUCAAGGAUGAGUUAUAAACUCCCAACGCAGGAAGUGACUGUCAAUGAGCCAUAGAGUGGUGCAGGAAUGAGUCAGCAAAACCCAGGAGUGAGUCAGCAGUUCAGCGCUUCCUGUUCCCUCGUCUGGAAGGGAAGGUGUUUGGUUGUUAGCCUGAAAUAAGGUCCGGGUUCAAACAAGCUGAAGAGAUUUUAACGUUCUGUACUACGACGAGGCAAGGGAAGACCCCACUGGGGAAUUUAAAAACAGCUGUUGCUAACGACUGUCUAAAUUGAGACAACUAAACAUAAUCAUGCCCAACGUUAGCCUCCUUUAGCUUAGCGGUGGUGACGUGAAGUCAUGUGACCGUGCUGUAGUUCCUUUAUAGCCCAACAUUAGCCUCCUUUAGCUUAGCGGUGGUGACGUGAAGUCAUGUGACCGUGCUGUAGUUCCUUUAUAGCCCAACAUUAGCCUCCUUUAGCUUAGCGGUGGUGACGUGAAGUCAUGUGACCGUGCUGUAGUUCCUCUAUAUCCCAAAAUUAGCCGCCUUUAGCUUAGCGGUGAAGACCUGAAUUCGCGUGACCGUGCUGUAGUUCCUUUAUAGCCCAGCGUUAGCUUCUUGCUUCAACUUGUUUGACUCGGAGAUUAUUUCCUGCAAUAAUCCGAAAUCACACGGAGAAAUCCCAUUGGCUUUUUAGUGGAGGGAACCAGGGAGAUGCUGCCUUCAGGGUCCCGAAACAGAAAUAGGACAUCCCUGCACCACUCUAUAGGAAGGAGAUGAUCGACCCUCAUGACUGACUGACACCCUGGGGUGGGAGGGGGUUUUUCAUUUGUUUGUUUACAAAAUAAGGAAGAAGAUGAAAAAAAGGGCAAUUAUUGUUCUGUUUCCAUGUGCUACUACUACUAUAAUUAUAAUGAAACGAGGAUUAGUGAUAGGAAUAAUAAAAAAAGCGUCCAUAAAAACGGGAAUUCAAUCAGUUUACACCCAAAAAAAGAUAUAAAUUGUCAUUCAUGGAAAAACACUUUGGUUUUUAUGAAGUAUAAUGAAAGGCUGUAUUUGGUAUGCGGAUAAUACCAUGGUUUUGUUUACCUCAUUUGUUUGUCUUAAUACGUGUGUUAUUUUUGUUGCUUUUUUUGCAGCCUGCCCUGUAACUACCCCUUUAAACCCUCUGGAUCUCAAAGGACAUUAAUAGACGUCGGGUUAUUUUACCUGCCUUCACCUGCAGUUCUGGAUUAAAACAUGGAUAUUUGACAGCCUGUUGAGGGAAAAGUCAUUGGAUGGUUGACCGGGGUAAAAUGAACUCCCUUGCAUAGUUUUGUACUGUAUAGAUUUUGGACUUCAGUGCACGUCCUGUAGUCUCGUGUGUCUGAUUAAACUGUGCUGAGUCUCAUGCGUACACGGACAGCACUCCAGUAGCCGGUUAGCUUUCAUUCACUUUGUUUUUUCUCAUAAUACGUGUUCACAGAGUUCUCUUAUGGAUAUCUCUGCACUGCUGUUCCCCAACACACGACCCCCCUCCCCCCUCCCCGUCUGACAGAGGAUCCUUUUGUAAACACACAUUUUGUACUAAUGCUUGUAAAAGUGGGAAGAUUUUCAUGUUGCUGUGUGAAAAACAAAGACAGGUGUUCUGUUCAAUAAAACCGACCAGUGGAAAAUA